AUGUCCCUCACCACGAAACUCCGUCGUAUUCGCAAGCCACCGCCGGAGGGCUGGGAUCUUAUUGAACCAACAUUGGAAGAAUUUGAAGCAAAAAUGCGAGAGGCUGAAACGGAUCCGCACGAGGGGAAGCGAAGGACUGAGACUUUAUGGCCCAUUUUCAGAAUUCAUCAUCAGCGAACGAGGUAUAUCUAUGACUUAUUUUAUAAACGAGAAGCUAUUUCACGGGAGCUCUACGAGUUUUGUCUGGCUGCUAAAAUCGCUGACGCUCAACUGAUAGCUAAGUGGAAAAAGCAAGGCUAUGAAAACCUUUGCUGUCUGAGUGUCAAACGUCGCGAUUGCAUUCACGGAUCUGACAUCUAUCUUAGUUAUGUGAUCAUUGAGAAAACUUCAGGUGCGUCCAAACGAGAGACACCAACUUCGGAACAAACUGCAUAUGUCGCGUACCUAAGAGCCACAAGAGAUAUACCUUGCGGUGAAGUUGUUUGUUUGGAUACCGGCAAGGUUGUGAGUCUAGACGACGGCUUGUGCUGCUAUUGUCUUGACGAACUACCGGAGAAUCACCGAAAUAGUUACUGCUACAAUUGCGUUGACAAAGAGAAGUUGUAUGGGCCAUUCGAGCAACCGUUUAUGGACAAACUGCAGGAUCUGGGAAUGUUCCGGCUAGCAGUACACAUAGCGUUGUCCUAUCCUUCCGAGGAAAUCCAAUCUUGUCUGGAAGCUGGAGAAUUCGAGCAGCGCGCAUCUGACAUUAUACCGCUGAAAUCAGACUCCUUGGCAGCUGUCUUAUCUCUUCAAAUUGAUGCAUUUCCUGUUGAUUUGUCGUCAACAAAUAACUUGGUGAAGGAUUUUGUCAGCAAGCUGGAAAAGCAUCCUUACUGGGGAAUGAUAGCGGAAGCUCGCCGAUUAGAUGUAUUCAGAGCUCUUCUGCGGUCGAUCUCCUCUCGCCUAAUGACAAAUGCACAUACAAUUUAUUUCACUGACUCACUCGAAAGGCGAUCAGAAGCUGCACAUUCUGAGAGCGCUACGCCAUCCGGUGUUGGUCUCUUUCCCAUCGCUAGUUGGUUCAACCACUCUUGCCGAGCAAAUCUCAACAGUUUUUUCCAUGGAAAUAAGCUGGUUUUCGUUAGCACGGGUAUAAGGAAAGGAGAAGAAGUCUGCGACAAUUACGGUGUAUCAUUCUUCAAACAUACUAGUGAAGAACGAAAGGCGUGUUUUAUUGGUUAUGAGGAAGCCUUGCAACCCAUUUUCGAGAAAAACCACAUUUCAGUUGAUCUUCGCAUCACAACCAAGUUUGAGCAUUAUGGCCAAUAUGCAGAUGCACUUCCUGAUGGGCACAAAACCAUUGAAACUAUUGCGGAAUUGCACAUAGCAUCAGCCAAUCCCCUGCAGCGGUUAUACCUGUAUGAAGAAAUAAUCAGGUGUCAACGUCGGCGUGGUUUACAUUUUUCAUCUGAUCAAAUUCGAAUACAUCUCAACUGUGCUUUGGCAUACUGUGACAUCAUUUCAGAUUCGGCGGAGAAGACGCUUGAGUAUGAGACGAACAUGCAGACUCAUCUUUUUGCAGCAUUGGUGCGAAUGCGAACCUUCUAUGGUCAACUAUAUCCUGCGUAUAGCUCUGCAAUGCUAGCGGCAAGUGAAUUCAUACAAAUGCAAGAAAGUGGUUCGAAGAGUUUUGCAGCUGCGAUUGGAAAACUUCGGUCUGUUCUCAAUAGCUUGAAACCCACUUUUCCUCCAAUUCAAUAG